AUGCCUGCGAGGAUCGAGGCCGAAUCGCCUACUGGCAGCACUGAUACCAGUACCUCCGUGCUUGCAAAGCUCAGUCAGCCUCAUUUCGACCCUGUCGACUUCCUCAAUGAAACUCUUCCCGUACUGCACAUUGCAUCGCAAACACAGCCACAGAAGGCGAGCAGAACCGCGCAUAUCCAGACCGUUUCAACCGAGACCCUCGCAGUCCUGAAUGCACUCAACACAUUAAACAUCCGGGCCUCCUCCGAGCUAAGCGCUUUGACGGACGAGAUCAUUCGCAGUGGAAACCGUCUGGCCUACGAAGUGGAGGUUCUGCGUGGCGAUGUAAACGGGCUUCAUGACCUAUUGACAGAGUCUUUGCGAGACGAUAUCAGCCGUUUCGUACAGAGUGAAGUGCUAAAAGGAACGUUGGAAGCUCCGGAUGCCCACGAUUACGACUUGAACAAUGGGCAAGAAGCAGAGAAGGUGGAAGAGCCUGAAUUCAUGACACAGUUGCGGUCACUCGGGAAAGUCAAGACGCGCCUUGAAGCUGUCAUCGCACUCUUCGGAGAGGCGAUGAAGUGGCCAAUCCCUCCUUCGGAAUUGUCCAUGGCCUCCUCUCUGAUUUCUGUGUCGUCCCCGGAACUAGGCAUCCAGAGCACGGAGGAAGAUGACAAGGCACGCGAGGUGUUGAAGGGCAUACGGACAGAGAUCACCGAUCUUCUUGACUCAGUGUCUGGUGGCUACGCGGGUCUUGAAGCAGCCACACAAAGGGUCGAGGCAUACAGACAACUGUCAAUGCUAUGGAAAGGGACGGGCGAAGAAAGAGCAAGAACCAAGUUUGUGGACUCUCUCGUGAAGAUUGUGGAAGAUAGGAAGAAGGCUCUAGGACGUGGCGGUGCUCGAAAUGCUAGAGCCGAUGGAUCAGGCUCCUCCACGGGUUGGAAUCAAAAGGGACUGGGUGAGGGCGGUGGUGCCGCUGGACUGUUCAGAAAUCUGCAGCGUUUGAAGGAUGAUCUGUAUCUUGAAUAA